AUGAGCAUCGACACGGCGUGCUCGUCAUCGUUGGUGGCGCUUGAUGCGGCUUGUCAAACUUUGCACCGUGGUCGAUGCCCGGUGCAAGACGUUUGA